AUGCUGCCUGCCAAGCUGACCAGCCGGUUGACUUUGACUGCCCUGAGGAGGAUUCAGCUGGGAGCUUACUAUCCCCUUUCAAACUGCCUCAUUUACACAGAUGGAGGAAGGACAAGAAAUCAUCCCCACUCUGAUUCCAGUGUGUCAGGAAGAGUGUGGUACAACCGGAGCCCAAUCUGCCCAACGCAUAAGCGAUAUGAGACGCAGUACAACAGCAGGAGAUGUUUCAGCAUAUCAGCUGCUACAGUUGUGAAUUCAGCGCCAGCGUCUGUGCAGCCAUAUCUGCGAUUGAUGAGGCUGGACAAACCAAUUGGUGUGUACAUUAAUCUUAUGUAAAUCACCUUUUUGUUCUUUUGGAGAGUGAUUUUACAGCCACAUUUAAACUGUUCAUAAACAUUUAUGGGAACCAAGUUUUUCUGUCACUUUUACUACAUUUAUUAGCUCAAAAAAAUCCAUGUUAAAUUACCAUUACUCGAACACAUUAUCAGGUAGGCAGUAGGCGGAACCAAGUUGUCCAUAGUUUAUACAGUCUAUGGUCUAAACAGAAUACAGGUACUACAAAAGUUGAAAUAUAUUGGAUUUAAUAUGUUGUGGCGGGUGUUUUUAGGGAGAAUCCAGCAAGAAUAAUCAUUCAUUUAGUUCAUGCUUAUUGUAAUUAACAUGAAGCUUUCAAAUGGUCUCACACUGAUUAAACAUUGUUGGUUUUAGCUAUACUGUUAAAGUCCUGGACAAAGGCAUGGAAUAAUAUUUAUAAUAUUAUAUUUAUAUUUAUAUUGUUACACUGUUUAUACUGUUAUGGUGUUUAAAUUGUUAUCUUUCUUUUGUAAAUUGAGAGUAUUUAAGGUAGUCUUUUGUUUAACUUAGGUGUUUAUUCCAUAUUUAUACUUUCAUAGUUUUAUUCUUACAGUUUAUUCUUAUGCACUGUGGGUCUGAGAGGACUGAAAUUUCAUCUGUGCUGUAUGUGUAACAUGUAUAGCAUAUUUGACAAUAAAGUAGACUUUGACUUGACUUUGAAUAAAGGCAGCUUAGCAUCAGUGACGUUGUCCUGCAUAUAUUUUAAAAAGAUUUUCUGUCAGUCACUGUGUGUUUUUGUCUCACAGGGACAUGGCUGCUGUACCUGCCGUCUACUUGGAGCAUUGCUCUUGCUGCUGACCCUGGCUGCCUCCCACAUCUGGGAAUGCUCACCCUGUUUGGUACAGGCGCUAUGCUGAUGAGAGGGGCGGGCUGCACUAUCAAUGACAUGUGGGAUAAAGACUUUGACAAAAAGGUGUCUGAAAUUCUCACAUGGUCACACAACUGUAAAUUCAAUGCUUCCAAAGACAUUAACAGUACUAAAUAAGAUGAUUUCUGCCCUGACUGAUUGAAAUUGAUGCUUUUCUACAGGUGGCCAGGACAGCCACUCGGCCAAUUGCAGCAGGGGAGAUUUCUCAGAUGCAGGCACUCGUCUUUCUCGGAGGGCAGCUCACUUUAGCUCUUGGAGUUCUCUUAUGUCUCAAUUACUACAGGUAAUAUUUGGUUCAAGUGAGUCUCAACUCACACUGGAUGAAAGGAGGAAAAAAAGACUUGUGUAUUGAUUAUCUGAAAUGUUGGUCAAUAUCCUAAGAUAGCAGUGGAAAAAAUAUUCAAACUUGAUGAACAAGGAAGAGCAAGGGAUCUCUGUAUGACACAACAAAUCAAUUUCCUCCUAACUUCUGUUCUCAGCAUAGCUUUGGGUGCUGCCUCUCUGUCUCUUGUCGUUACCUACCCUCUCAUGAAGAGGAUCACAUACUGGCCACAGUUUGUACUGGGUAAGCACUGUAACCCUCUUUAAAUGUAUAACUUCUUCCGAUCUGUAAAGCUCAAUUUGAUUUCUUCCACCACAUUUUUACAGGUCUCACUUUUAACUGGGGAGCGCUGCUUGGCUGGUCCGCUGUAAAGGGCUGCUGUGAUUGGUCAGUGUGCCUUCCUCUGUAUUUCUCUGGAGUGAUGUGGACACUGAUAUACGACACAAUAUAUGCACAUCAGGUGAAUUAUAAGGGUGUUUUAUCGGAUCUUAAAUAUUAUUUGGUUAUUUGUCUGUUUGAGUAAUGAAUACAUGAGCUAAAUUUGUAAAGAUGAGGGUAGCUAUAGCAAACUAAAACACUCUGUGCCAAAUAAGCUCACGUCCAAGGUCAGGGUUACUUUAUUUUCACUGUAAGUUGACGUUGUUUGCUUAAUUCUAUUUUCUAGGCAGGGAUUUUGUUGCUUUGUUUACAAAACUUGGACUCAGUCUGUCUUUGUUCAUCUUCAUUAACAGGAUAAAGAGGACGACGUAAAAGUAGGAGUGAAAUCUACAGCGCUUAGAUUCCAGGAGCAGACAAAACCUUGGCUCAGUGGCUUCACUGUGGCCAUGAUGUCAGGACUUGUUGCUGCUGGGAUCAAUGCUGAACAGACUCUCCCUUAUUAUGCUGUGCUAUCUGCAGUGGCCAUUCACCUCACACAUCAGGUGAGAAACAUGGUACCUUACAUUCUCCCUGCAGGAGGUUCAUGGUUGUUGUUUGUAGACUCAUUUUAUAUCACAAUGAGAACUGUUGAAGUUAGUGUAUAAAUCGAUACAUGUUAUUUCAUCUCCUUUUUUCAGAUAUACACACUGAACAUAAACAGACCAGAGGACUGCUGGAAGAAAUUUGUUUCAAACAGGAACCUUGGACUAUUAUUAUUUUUAGGGAUUGUCGCCGGCAAUUUGUGGAAAGAAAGACAAGAGACUUUGCUGCAAAAUGAGGAAGCGCCCAGAUAA